AGAAGGCUGACUAGUCGAUGGUACCUGGCUGAGGAAAUCGAGAGGAAGAAGCUCGAAAUCAGGACGAAGCUCCGCUUUGCGCCCAUGGCCGCCAUCGAGUGGCCGCCUCCCGCGCCUGAGAUGGAGGAGCAGCUACACGUCGUUUCCGAGGACGAUUAAUGCGUCUUCGAAAUGCGUCUUCGAAUCUUCAAGGGAGAGAAGUAAAGUGGAGAAGCAGAUAUCCAGGUCUCCUGGAUGGAUGAAGACAGACACCAAGCACGAAAUUACGAAUAUCACGAGAGAACGGCAUUGCAGCGCACUGUAUUUGGCAUACGCAUCAGGCAUGGGGUGCCCACACGCGCAUCGCAUGGCAUGGAAUGGAAUAUACCCAACCGCAACAUUAUUAUUAUUUAAUAUAGGAUGGUCUCACGACGUUAGGAUACAUACCUUACAUACCGACCGGACGGACGGACAUCUUUCCCCUUUUCUUUUCUUUUCUCUUCGUCUCUUUCUUGCUAUCCCUGCAUCUAUGUAUCUGCCAGAGCUCGGCCAUCAUAGCACGCACCAUCUCCUGUUUCCAUCUCAAAUCAAACCUAAGAGAUGGAUGCAUGCAUAUCCGGAACGCUCUCAUGAAGAACCCUUCCUUCCUACUCUGCAUCUAUCUAUUAUAUCACACACAUCAUCAUCAUCCCUCCUAUCGAGCGAGCGAGCGAGCAUAUUAGAGCAGCAUAGCUGCCGGUUUUUUGAGCGUCUGCAUAUCUAUACAUAUAUACCCCCGUGUGUCAGUGAGUUGAGUCGGGAUGAGAUAGGAGGCAAGACAGAUAUCUUGAACCGCAUUUUUUUAUUCUUUUUUUGGAACAAUUUUAAAUUAAGUACAUAGCUAUCUAUACCCACUUUACUGUAUGUAUGUAUGUAUGUAGACUCUUAAUACACGAUACCCAAUCUUUUCUGUGUAUUUAUUUUGUGCGGUUCGAUCGAUAAUCGAUUUAUUUACUUAUUAGAUAGAUCUCUUGAUACUUGCAGUCAGGUCUUGUUGUGAAUGCAGAAUUUUGAAUGAAUAAUAACAAGCUAGAUAGCUUUUACUUGCAAAGAUGCUAAUAAUGACUUGCCGGGUUGUAUAAUAUAGAUAUUAGUCCUCAUUCAUCUUUAUGAGUGGUGCGCGUCCUGCGAGCAAGCCGUAGUGAGGAGAGGAGAGGAGAAGGAGGUGGAUCGAAGCUGAGAAUUGUCUAC